AGUGACAACCAACAGAAUGAUGAUCAACCAAGUGAUGACCAACUUAGUGACAACCAACCAAGUGACGAUCAACCAACUGCUACUAUGAUUGCUAGAUCUAGUUGUUCUUAUAUGGAAGUUGUAGACAUUAGUGACGAUGAAGUAGAUACAAAUGAAGUAAAUAUAAAUAACAAUGAAAAGGAUAUAAAUAAGGCUUUUAAUGAAGGGUCUGAGGAAUCUGAA